GGAGAGACGAUGGGAGGAGUCUUCUCUGUUCCCUCUCCCCUUUUGGCCCUACCCUCCCCUCUGUCCCGGCUGCUGGUCAUGUAAUCAAUCAAUCAAUCGAUUGUCCUCGUCACCGUUGUUUUACACAGCAGCAAACAAACGGAGUUGCUGCUACAGGGCCCCCGAGCUAAGGGAUCAUCCGUCCGCCAGCCGCCUUUUUUUUUCCCGAGUUGCUUCAAUUCCGCAACCCCUCCUUUCGCUGGUAGCAUUUUAGCCCGUUUCCCAUUGUUCACUUCCCGGCCGAACUGCGAAACGCCAGCUUCCGGCACCCUGCACGACAAAAAGGCAAGACGCCCUCUGCACCCGUGGCUGGUGUUUGCUGUGGACUAUAGGUUUUUUUCUUCUUCUUUUUUUCGUCCUGUCCAACUCACCCCUUGGGCCAGCAGCAGUCAACUCCGGGCUGCCCACAGGGCCACCGCGGCUAGCUGUCUCGGCUGCUGCUACAGGGAGAGACAAGACGGAGGAGAUCAGUUACAAAGCGCCCGGCUCCCUCAGCCACCGCCGCCGCGCCAACAUCACCACCGCUCGAGGGCAGAGCCUUACUGCCACUCGGCCCACGGCACGCUGUACUUCAACCCCAGGGGCCGCAGCGACCGCCGUUCACUCCAGGCUGCGCCAGCCACCUUCCCGAACCCGCUGAUCGGGCCGAGGCCAAGGAGGCCACAUUCGAUCCACAUCGUCUCGUACCCGGCCGGGUUCAUCCCCCGCGAUCUUCGGCAGGAACUGGGCGACCCAUCGUCGGGAGAGGGGACGGCGAACGGCAGGAGGAGAAGCAGCAAGCAGAAGAACAGUGGUGGUAACAAGAGGAGGAAGGAAGAGAGUCGGAGCAGUCAGGACCCGGGGAAUCAAGGAGGAAAGGCCAGCAGAGUACUCCAGAAGAUACUCUGCGCCUUUGGUAGUGGAUCCAGGACAGCACCAGACUACCAACUCCCAUCGACACCGACACCGGCACCAGCACCGGCACCGGUACCAGAACCACGAGAGGCAGCACCCAGAGUUACGGUCCAGCCGAGGUCGCGCCCAGUGAGCCUGCUAAGCAUCGGCAGGAGGCUUUCGAGGCUCGGGGAUCUUCCCGAGGAGCAGGCCUGCGCAAACAUGGUCGAGCACAUGGUCCGCCUACCCCCUACUGGCAGUAUGGCGUCCCCAACUUCGGCCACGACCAGUUAUAGGAGCAGCAUAUUGCCGCAUCGGUCGGCAAAGAGCGCCGUUAUAGGCUCUGCAGUGACAGAGAUCCCGUCCAAGCCGGUGGCGUCGGGCAGCGGGCUCAGCUGCUCCAUCGUGCUAGCGGAGCCCAACGUGUUUCUGUCGGGCUUCGAGCACGACGGCCACGCCCGCGAGAACGUACACAGCGGUACGGCGCUGCUGCGCGGCAAGCUCGUGCUCAACGUAUCCAAGAACGUCAAGCUCAAGUCGGUCACGCUCAAGCUCGUCGGACGCGCCAGGACCGAGUGGCCCGAGGGCAUCCCACCUCUGAAGGUGGACCUGUUUGAGGAGCAGUCGCUGCGCACGCAGGGCCUGACCUUCUUCCACGCCAUGCACAACAGCUGGGAGACCGAGUUCGGGAACCAGUGCGUCUUUACGCCCAAGCAGGCCGCCACCAACGGCAGGCGGCCUAGCUCGUCACACGGGCUGGGCCGGCUGUCGCCCACGGGGUCCAAUAUGUCGGUCAAUACGCUUAUGCGCAGCGGCCUCGGCACCCAGGCCCGCCAGUCGACGGGGCUGACGGCAAAGGAGCGCAAGAGGCUGUCGCUGCAGUCGGUGCAGUCGCGCAGCUUCGGCAAGGGGGAGUCGCCGGCGCUGCCCAGCCAGGCGCAGCUCAAGGGCUACAAGGUUUUCACGCCCGGCACGUACCAGUACUCGUUCGAGCUGCCCAUCGACCACCACCAGCUCGAGACGACGCGGCUGCAGUACGGGUCGGUGCGGUGGCAGCUCGAGACGGUGGUGGAGCGGGCGGGCGCGUUCCGACCCAAUCUCCACGGCGUGCGCGACGUCAGUAUCGUGCGCGUGCCCGACCAGCUGUCGCUCGAGAUGAGCGAACCCAUCUCGAUUGCGCGCCAGUGGGAGGACCAGCUGCACUACGACAUUAUGAUCUCGGGCAAAUCGUUCCCCAUCGGCACCCGCAUCCCCAUCGCCUUCAAGCUCACGCCGCUGGCCAAGGUGCAGGUGCACAAGAUUAAGAUAUUUGUGACCGAGUCCAUCGAGUAUUGGACCAGCGAUCGUCGCGUCACGCGCAAGGACCAGGGCCGCAAGAUGUUGCUACUCGAGAGGACGGCCGGCAAGCCACUCGACACAAAGGCCUACGAGGGCAGCGAGGUGCGCGUGCUGCGCGGCGGCGAGCUGACGCCCGACGAGCGGCAGUGCGCGCGCGCGGCCGCGGCCUGCAGACGCCACACCGAGGCGCAAAGAGCCCAGGCUCACCUUGCUGGCGCCUGCGUCGUCGAGCCGCUCCCGGAACCGACCGAGAACCUGCUGGGCGACCUGGACCUAGGUCUCGAGUCGUACUGGGCGGCAACCGAGAUGGAGAUGAACGUGCAGCUGCCGACGUGCGAGAUGAUGGCGCGCGACAAGUCCAAGCGGCUGAACCCGGACUGCAGCUGGAAGAAUGUCAACGUCUUCCACUGGAUCAAGAUCGUCAUGCGCAUCUCCCGCCUCGACCCCGACGACCCGGCCGGUCAGCGCCGCCGCCACUUCGAGAUCAGCAUCGACUCGCCGUUUACAGUCCUCAACUGCCGUGCCACUCAGGCCAACACGUCGCUGCCCCAGUACACGGGCCUGGACAUGCCCAUGUACCGCCAGACCACCACUUGCGGCUGCCCCGACUCGGCCGUCAUCGCCACAGACCCCAGCCCCUGCAGCUCCACAGGAACGCUGCCUGUCGUCGAGAUCAACCCCGCCGCCGCCGCCGCUGCCAUGCCCGCCACCCCGCCCGCCGCCCACCUGCCCACGGGAACCGCGACACCUCCACCCUCACUGCGGCCUGGGACCAGCAGUACCACUAGCACUGCGACCGGCGGCCUGCGCGGAGUGGCUGCGACACAGGCCCCCAACCCGCUGCAGCGCGUCCGAAACCAGGACGUGGGCGUGGCACCGCCUAGACCGAUUCACCUAAUACGCGUGCCCUCUUAUAACCCGCCGCCCUUCGACGCCGAAGAGCCGCCACCGCCGCACGCGACCACCCUGAUGACACCGCCGCCGAACUACGACCUGAUUGUCGGCACGCCCAGCGUCGACGGGCUGGCCGACUACUUUGCGCGCCUGGCCGAACACGACGACACGUCGGGCCUGGCAAACACGAGGGCCGACACGGAUAGCACCGACGACGACGACGAAGACGAGGAGCUCGACGCGCACACACCCGCAAGACUGACGGACCGGUCUGGCAGGGUCAACGUACCGAACCCACGCACGCCGGGCGGCAGGAACGUGCCUAGCCGCAGCUUCGAUAUUCAGCGGCCCGUUAUGCACCUCUCCAUGGCGGGCGUAGCCAGGCGAGGCGAGCAGAUGGUGUGAGCUGGGUGUUUUUUUGGAUACUAGUUUUUGGACACGCGUCAUUUUGGACAACUUGAGAAGCCCGGAUUUGGCUCCCACGUGGGAGAAAUCUGCGGAUAUCAUGUGUCUUGGGCCUAUAUCAAACGUUGCGGGGACGGAUGUGUUUUCAUUUACCCUUCGCAUUUUCGCCCUUUUUUUUCCCUUUCUGGUUAGGGUGAACCCCUCCACAGACCUCGAGCCUCGACCGCCCUCCCUCCAAACACCACGACAGGAAGGGGAGGAUACGCAUACAUACACGCGACCACACACACCUACACAGACGGCGCAACAUACAUAAGCAUUGCCAUCAUUUCCAAGCAUUAAUCUUUAUUGGAGAAGAGAUACCAUUAGGAAGUUAUACCAUUGUGCUACUCGACUGCCAUAAUGGCCGGUGGCGGGAGGGGCGGGCAUCUUUCUUUGCAUUUGUUUUUUCUUGAAUGGAGUCCAAGGAAGUCAUACUUUUGUAUAUAUUCGAAUGGUGGAGUAGGGCAUGGCAUGAAUUGAAUCAGACAUUUCUGGCAUUGAUAUAA